UUACAGUACUGUCUUUAAUAAAAAAACGUGUUCCUCACUGUGCACAAUGUAGCACUAACAUGGUCUUCCGAACAGUGCUGCUUGGUAUAAAACCAAGAAAUAUUAAAGACCAGGAAUAAGGUCAUGUUUCCUAUGGGUACAUUUCGGAAAAGAAAAUACAUUCAAAGAGUAUGACUGUAGACAGGAUUUUGUACAACCUCAACAGGUGACAAAAUUUAAAACUAGGUAACCGCCUUCAUAAGGAACUUGAAACUAAAAUUUUUGCCACGAAAACAUGACAUGUGCAAAAGUUAUCUCUCUGGCCAUCGCUCCUGCUAAGGACACUGGGAAGGACAUGCUCAACGUAGCAGUCGAUCAAAACGAUUCCAGGGAAACUGCGCAACAGCCUGGGGCCGAGAAGCGAAACCUGGUCUUCUUCACCCUCGUCUCACUCCUUUUCCCGCAGACUUGGUAGUGGGAGAUAGGACGGGCGUCUCCUAUAUGCAGGCAAAACUUGCCACGAGCGGCUCGACUUGGGACAGGCAAUUUGCCCUGCCACCCUUCCGUCGCCCCCACCCCUCCUUUACUGAAGGCCGAAGGCAGAGACGUCCUCCUCCCCCUUCUCCUCCUCUUUGGUGUCUCCAGCCAGGAGGCGGGAGCGACCCACAGCAGCUGACCCAGCUCAGGCACUGCCUCUUCCACAGCCCUCAAGACACACCAUGGGCCCAGAGGCAGGUUUGCUACACAGCAGCGACGACGCAGGCGGCGGCCCCGGCGACUCGCAACUGCCUCCCUGACCACAGCGACCACCGCCUAACACACCCGAGAAGCCAUCGCCGCCACCGGCAGGAGAACCUAGGAUCCAGAAAGCCAUCCUCGCGAUCAACUAAAGCUACGUCAACAACUAUGGCGGGCGAGGGACCGCGGGCGGAGGCGGUGCGGGAAGGAUGGGGUGUGUACGUCACUCCCAGGGCCCCCAUCCGAGAAGGAAGGGGCCGGCUCGCCCCUCAAAAUGGCGGCAGCAGCGACGCGCCUGCGUACGGAACUCCUCUGUCGCGCCAGGGCCGGCGGGAAGUGAGGUUCUCGGAGGAGCCGCCAGAAGUGUACGGAGACUUCGAGCCCCUGGUGGCCAAAGAAAGGUCCCCGGUGGGAAAACGAAGCCGGCUAGAAGAGUUCCGGCCCGAUUCUGCGAAAGAGGAAGUGAGAGAAAGCUCGUACUACCUUCGUUCUAGGCAGCGGCGGAGGCUGCCGCGACUCCAGGAAGCCGAAGAGAUGCAGACGCGAAGGGCUACCCGCCUUCAGCAGCAGUACUCACAGCAGCCUCCGCUACAGCCGUCUCCCGUUACGACCAGGAGAGGGCUGCGGGACUGUCAUUCCUCUGAAGAGGAUGAACCAUCUUCCGAAACUGAUUUAAGCCAAACGAUUUCAAAGAAAACUGUCAGGAGCAUACAAGAGGCUCCAGCGGUGAGUGAAGAUCUUGCAAUCAGCUUAUGUCGACCCCCUCUAAGAUACCCACGAUCUGAUUUGACCUACAAAACAAAUGAAAAUACUAAAAUGAGUGAAUUAGAAGCCACCAGUGUCCAACAGAAGGUCAAUUUCUCUGAAGAAGGAGAAACUGAAGAAGAUGAUCAAGACAGCUCUCAGAGCAGUGUCACUACUGUUAAGGCCAGAUCCAGGGAUUCUGAUGAAUCUGGAGAUAAAGCCACCAGAUCAUCUAGUCAAUAUACAGAAUCAUUUUGGCAGUCAUCACAAAGUCGCAACUUCACAGCUCAUGAUAAGCAACCUUCAGUGCUGAGCUCAGGAUAUCAAAGAACUCUUGAGGAAUGGGCCCCCCAGACUGCAAGAAUAAGAACUAGGAUGCAAACAUCUUCACCAGGCAAGAGUUCAAUAUAUGGCAGUUUUUCAAGUGAUGACAACAUUCAGAAAUCAGAGCUUGGAAACCAGUCACCAUCAACCUCCAGCCGACUAGAAAUGACUGGACAACCCCAAAAUGCAUCUUUUGGCAAGAGGAACUGCUGGUGGCUACUUCCUCUGAUAGCUGCUCUUGCCUCUGGGAGUCUUUGGUUCUUUAGUACUCCUGAGGUAGAAACCACUGCUGUUCAAGAGUUCCAGAACCAGAUGAAUCAACUUAAGAAUAAGUAUCAAGGUCAAGAUGAGAAGCUGUGGAAAAGGAGCCAAAUAUUCCUGGAAAAACAUCUUAAUAGCUCCCAUCCUCGGUCUCAGCCUGCUAUCUUGCUGCUCACUGCUGCCCGAGAUGCUGAAGAAGCGCUUAGGUGUCUGAGUGAACAAAUUGCUGAUGCCUAUUCUUCUUUUCGUAGUGUCCGUGCCAUCCGGAUUGAUGGGACAGAUAAAGCUACUCAAGACAGUGAUACUGUCAAACUAGAGGUAGACCAAGAACUGAGCAAUGGAUUUAAGAACGGCCAGAAUGCAGCUGUGGUACACCGCUUUGAGUCAUUGCCCGCAGGCUCUACUUUGAUCUUCUACAAAUAUUGUGACCAUGAAAACGCAGCCUUCAAAGAUGUAGCCCUAGUCCUGACUGUCUUAUUGGAGGAAGAGACACUUGGAACCAGUCUAGGCCUAAAGGAAGUUGAAGAAAAAGUAAGAGAUUUCCUUAAAGUCAAGUUCACCAAUUCUAACACACCCAACUCCUACAAUCAUAUGGACCCAGACAAACUGAAUGGCCUCUGGAGCCGCAUUUCUCACUUAGUUCUGCCUGUGCAACCUGAAAAUGCCUUGAAAAGGGGCAUCUGCUUAUAAGAAGUGAGAGAAGAAAAAUCAUGUCCCAAGUUCUGAGAAUUGUUCACAUUUUCUAACCAGAGACAGAAUUCAGAGCUCUUUUUGAAAGAACUGGUUUCUUUUUAAAGGAAAUUAAGUUCUUACAUAAACACAGAACAUAAAAAUCAUUUGUCAACCUAAUUAUCUAGGAUAUGAGAGAAUCAUUUCAGUUUCCAUUGAGAGCUGUGUUAAAGGUAUCUUAGGAGUGCAGAUUAUAUGCAGUUCCUUAGAGAAUCUAUUUUGAUUCUGGGCUGAAUUAUUACAGUUAUGUAUGACCAGUGAAAGGGAUUUGUCUCCUUAUGAACCUUCCUGAUUUUUUAACUUAGAUUUCUCACUAAGUUUCUUGAGUUAUUAGUAAGAUUGCUCCCUAAAUGUAACCAUGGAUUUUCCCAUUAUGUUCCCUUUUAUACCAUGUAGGUGUGAGUUCCUUAGCUUCUGCCUAUAGGAACAUAAGUUAUGAAAGGUCACGUAGGUGUGUGUUUGGAAUUUUUUUUUCUUUUGUUUGUUGGAAGGUGGAAAGAACAAGGCAAGGAAGAAAUUAAUGGGGAAGCUGAAGGGAGGAAAUGUUAUAGUAAUCCACUGAGGUGUAGGUCAAACAUAGGUAUAUGAACUGUUAAUCUUAGUGGAUUCCAUUGGGAUUUGUUUUUUAUAUCUCCUUUUUCCUUCCUUGAAGAAAAAUUCUUGGCCCUCCCAAGGAUUCUUCAUGUAUAUUGCAAGAUUUAAUACAUUUGUUCACUUGACUCUUAAGAGUAGGUCAGGUUGGCCGGGCGCGGUGGCUCACGCCUGUAAUCCCAGCACUUUGGGAGGCCGAGGCGGGCGGAUCACAAGGUCAGGAGAUCGAGACCACGGUGAAACCCCGUCUCUACUAAAAAUACAAAAAAUUAGCCGGGUGCGGUUGUGGGUGCCUGUAGUCCCAGCUACUCGGGAGGCUGAGGCAGGAGAAUGGCGUGAACCCAGGAGGCGGAGCUUGCAGUGAGCCGAGAUCGCACCACUGCACUCCAGCCUGGGCGACAGAGAGAGACUCCGUCUCAAAAAAAAAAAAAAAAAAAGUAGGUCAGGCCGAGGCAGGUGGAUCACCUGAGGUCAGGAGUUCGAGACCAGUCUGGUCAACAUGGUGAAACCCUGUCUCUACUAAAAAUACAAGAAUUAGCCGGGCAUGGUGGCACAUGCCUGUAAUCCCAGCUACUUGGGAGGCUGAGGCAGGAGAAUUCGCUUGAACCCGGGAGGCAAAGGUUGCAGUAAGCCGAGACCAGGCUUAUUGCCCUCCAGCCUGGGCAACAAAAACAAAACUCUGUCUCAAAAAGAAAAAAAAAAAAAGACUAGGUCAAUUCGUAACAGUUUAUUUUGGACACAUCCUGAAGCUUUUGUUUUGAAUUAAGAAAUAGUUUCAGGAAUUGACAAACCAUUUGUCAACCUGCUGUCCUGGGCUAUUGAAGAAGAUUUCGUUUUCUGUGCAUCCAGUUGUUGCAGUCCAGGUCCUCUAGUACAACGCCAUAGCAAAUAUAAAGAUUUACUAUGCACGUGAUACAUUUUAUGGAGUGCCUCAAGCCAAGAUAGUGAACUUACAUGAAGAGUGUGAAAUGUAUUUCUUUACUACUAUAGUAGUAUAGUUAUAACUUUGCAUCUAUAAUUGAGCUUUCUCAUCUGUCAACUGCUAUGGUUUUCUUAAAAUGUUACAAUUCUAUAUCUAUCCACCUUGUUUUUUUAUUGUCCACAAACCAUUAAAUGUAAAUAUUGUUUUUAGAGAGAGUCAGUCAUUGGCUUUGUCAUUUACCCUUUGAGAGUUCCACAAGUGGUAGUAGAGUGGUCUAACUUCUUUCCUCUAGUACUACCAGUAUUCAUAAAUGUAUGCCCCUUACUAUAAUUUGUUCCUCUUAGAAGUCAGAUCAUCUGAUUUAUAGAGGAUUAUGAAAACCAGAGUUUUUGAAAAGGCUUAUUUUAUACAUACAUAUUAUAUAGAGAAAUAACUUUUUAUUAAAUGUUUCACUGACCCAAGUAAUUUAAAAGUAAUAUGUUACCUGUGUCUUUCAGGAAAAAUAAUUAUAGCAGCUGAUCUGUAAAUGACUUUAAAAGCUAUUUUAGUAAUUUAAAUAAAUUUACUUUCUUGGUUUGUA